GUGCUUUGUGAGUGUGUAGAGAGGGAGAGAGGGAAAGACAGAGCGCGCGCACUCCAGGUUGGCGCAGGCACCGGUCCUGGAGAACUGAACGCCUUGGAGCUGGCAGCAUGGCUUCAUCUCACGGAAGAAGCGACCUGCGCUUCGCAGACUGGAUGGCAAGUUUACCGCAGAGCAUGCACACCGUCCCGCUUGCCAACAUGGCAAUCCCCGGUUCUCACGAUUCCUUCAGCUUUUACAUUGAUGAAGCAUCUCCAGUGGGCCCAGAGCAGCCAGAGACGGUGCAGAACUUUGUGUCUGUUUUCGGUACAGUAGCCAAGAAGCUAAUGAGAAAAUGGUUGGCCACACAAACUAUGAAUUUCACUUGCCAGCUGGAGGCUGGGAUCCGUUUCUUUGACCUGCGCAUCUCAACCAAGCCCCGUGACCCUGACAACGAGCUCUACUUCGCCCACGGGCUCUUCAGCGCCACGGUACGGGAAGGUUUGGAGCAGAUCAGCAGUUUCCUGUCAGCUCAUGCCAAAGAGGUUGUUUUCCUGGACUUCAACCACUUCUACGGUGUACAGAACCUACAUCAUGAAAAGCUAGUGACCAUGCUUAAAGAAGUGUUUGGAGAGAAACUCUGCCCAGUGAUUUUUGCUCAAGAGGUGACCCUGAAAUAUCUUUGGGAGAAGGAGUACCAGGUGCUUGUCUUCUAUCACCACCCCAUGGCCCUAGAGGUGCCCUUCCUCUGGCCUGGCCAGAUGAUGCCUGCUCCGUGGGCAAACACCACUGACCCAGAAAAGCUGGUUCAGUUUCUCCAGGCAUCUGUAACUGACCGCAGGAGGAAGGGGACAUUCUUUGUCUCCCAGGUGGUGUUAACACCGAAGGCAAGCACUGUGAUGAAGGGAAUGGCCAGCGGACUGAGGGAGACGAUAACAGAAAGGGCAUUACCAGGCAUGAUGCAGUGGAUAAGAUCACAAAGACCUGGUGAAAACGGCAUCAACAUUAUAACAGCAGAUUUUGUUGAGCUUGGAGAAUUCAUCAGCGCUGUCAUCAGCCUUAAUUAUCAUCAUCUGAACGAAGACGAGGACGAUGAUGCAACCUGAGAGGCCACAGUAGGGCAUUGGAGAGUGCAGCCGGCACCACCAAAUAAGGGGUGGUUGGGUCUGUGCUCUAAUCCUAUACUCUUUGGCAUUUAUUUCAGGAGGAAAGUGACAUUUCGGCUCCUUUCUCUUUAUUUAGGGCUAUAGUGAACUGAGAGAUCAGGGAGGGCGAAGAAGAGACCAAGCUUAGGCUGGUAAACAUUUCACAAAUGUUUGGUUGGAGCACUUAGAGAAUGAGGUUUAUUUGUUUCCUGUUUUUGGGAUCAAGGUUUUUUUUUUAUUUUUCAGAAUUGAUGGUUAUUUUACUUACUCCCUUAGCUGUAAAACUAUCAGCUUUUUCCACAAAUGUACCAUUUUCAGGCAUACCACUCUAUCAAACACAUGUGUCUUAAGGCCACAUUGACCCUCCAAUAGCUUGACUUUUACAUCAGUCUUGAUAUUCUAGUAACAGUUUUGCCAGAGGGUGUUUAAAAUAAAUGUUUAACUGAAGUCAUUGGCUCGUAAAUUGUAGCUAGCUCUUGUAUGUCCUGUAAAGAAGAUCAGUCCAAGUGCAGUCUUCUUUUUUUGUGUUUUAAACAUUAUGCAUCUUCUUAGAUAUAUCUGCAGGUGUUUUUCAAAACCUCCUCCUGAUGUCUGAAUGCGUGUGUUUAAAAUGUGUUGUGCCAGUGGGUAUAUUCAUUAUACCAACAAAAAAGAUUUCCAUGUUUGUCCCCCAGCAGUAAUCUUUCAUUUAAGUUUUUGCUCAGUAAUGGGAUCGGAAGCUGUGGAUUGAUCGACUGAUUAAAACCCUAGAAUCGCUCAUUUAUAACCACACAGGAAGAGAGAUUUAGAGUGCAUCUUGGCUAACUGGAGAAAAGCAUUAACACUGUUAGUACACACACAUUUUUUCCGUCUGCACUCCACAAUAAUUACCCCAUUUCCAUGACAAGCAUCUAUUCACUCUGUUAGAAAUGGACUAAAUGCACCCAUGCUGCCAUUUUUAAUGGUUAAGCAUCAAACUGUUCCUUCUAUACAUGGUGGAUCUUAAGAUGUGAUAGCAAAGUGUAAAAAAUACAUAUUUUGAUACGUGAGUACGCCCACAUAUCCAGCUUUUCUUUGCUGCUAGCUUGCCUUUUUGUGUGUUUGUGGUUACUGCCAUACAGCAGUAUAUGUGAGUCACCAUGAGAUGUGUAUUUUAUAAUAAAGGGUGACAAAACACCAAGCAGUCACUUAGCAACUUAAGUCAUUAAAUUGCAUACAUUAUAGAUUAAGCAUUUUAAAUUUGAUCACAAUAAGCUGAAUCUACACCUGGCCCCUUUAUGAAUUUUAAGUCAUAAUUUGUUACUUGGUUAAAAUUAAUAGAGUCAAUGCCAUGUAAACACAUGAAAACAUGGUAGCUAUGAAGUUCCAUUAA